AUGAUGCAGCCACGACUCCCGCUCCGCUUACGCUUUGCGCCAGCGCGAAGGGCCUUCUCGUGCACUGCCCGUCGCUCGCAAGUCAUCGAGUUGCCGCAAGCUGGUGCGCUGCCCGAGCGCGACCCUCCCACAUACCAAGCAACACGCCAGAAUGACCUCCUCGGCCUCCAUUGGCAUUCUCCGCUACGCACUGUGCUGCUUAUGAAGAAAGAAGACUCGCCGCACGUCACUGAGUCACUCAUCGAACUCGCCUACCACGUUCAAACAACAUAUCCGGACGUGAAUCUGCUAUUCGAGCCUAGCGUCGCGUGUGAAAUUCACGAUAAGCUACCAUCUCCGGUAUACGCGUUGCCAUUCCAGAAACGCGAAGCCGAGAAGGUGCUCCACGAUAACGUCGAUCUCAUAACCACACUGGGCGGAGAUGGAACAAUCCUCCAUGCGGCAGGUCUGUAUGCCAACGCCCAGCAGGUUCCACCAAUCCUUGCUUUCAGCAUGGGAACGCUUGGCUUCCUAGGAGAGUGGAAGUUUGCCGAGUACAAACGGGCUUUCAGGGAGGUCUACAUGUCCGGUGCCAGCGCAGCCGCCGAGCAAAUGCUUGGCCGGCCCUCAGCCACAGACACUGAGGAUAUCAUCCGUGUGGCAGACGAUCCAUGGGCUUCACUGCGGGGCAAAUUCAUGGGCACAAACCGACACGCCCGCAUCCUCCUCCGCCACCGUCUCAAAGUAUCAGUUCAUCCCCCUCCCAGACUCGCCUCCACAGGAACCUCUCCAUCCACCUCCAAUCCCGCCCCCAAGAAGCCCCUCCUGACCGGCAAACACCCCUCCCUCGCCACCGCGCAAACCCUGGCCCGGGGCAACCCCAAACUGCCCCCCUCCCCCCUCUACGCCCUGAACGAAAUCAUCCUCCACCGCGGCCGCAGCCCGCACCUCACGCACAUCAGCAUCACGGUCAACGGGCGGCACCUCACCGACGCCAUCGCCGACGGCCUCAUCGUGGCCAGCCCGACGGGCAGCACCGCAUAUUCCCUUUCCUCAGGCGGCUGCAUCGUGCACCCGCUCGUGCCCUCGCUCAUCCUCACGCCCAUCUCGCCCCGCAGCCUGUCGUUCCGCCCGCUCGUCCUGCCCGCCAACGCCGACGUCGCGCUGCGUGUCGCCGAGCGCAACCGCGCCGAGGGCGUGGACGUCAGCAUCGACGGCAUGCGCCUCGAGGAGCCGCUCGGCCGCGGCGGCGAGGUGCGCAUCACGGGAGAGGAUGUCGGGCUGCGCGCGCUAGGCCGCGGGGAGACGGGAGUGUUGCUUGGAGGCGUUCCGAGUAUCGUGCGUGGCACGAAUGGCGUGUCGAUUGGCGAGGAUCACUGGGUGGGCGGGCUGAAUGGGCUGUUGAAGUUUAACUAUCCGUUUGGGGAGGAGGUCUGA